UGUGCGCGUGUCCAUCUAUAAAACUACAACUACCUCCUUCCUACCUAUCUACCCUGCACGCUCUUUCAAUGCUUUCUCUCACUAGCCGCCCCUCCCCUUACCUUCUCUAUAUAUUCUAACUCUAACCCUUCUUUUCUCUCUUGUCUCUACAACACAACAACAAGCUUUUCUUAAACUCUUGUUCAACUAGGAACAACAAACAAACCAUGGCUCCUUCUUUUGAUAUAACUUCUCACACUGUUUGUGUUAUGGAUGCUUCCGGUCAAUUGGGCUUUAGUCUUGUUCAAAGACUUCUUCAAAGAGGCUACACCGUUCAUGCCUCCAUUCAAAAAUAUGGAGAAGAAGAUCUAUUCAAUGGAGUUUCUGCUGAUUCUGAUAAACUCAAGAUUUUUCGAUCAGACCCUUUUGAUUAUCAUAGCAUAAUUGAUGCUCUUAAAGGUUGCUCUGGUUUGUUCUACUCGUUUGAACCUCCUCUUGACCAACCCAAUUAUGAUGAAUAUAUGGCUGACGUGGAAGUUAGAGCAGCACACAACGUGCUUGAAGCUUGUGCUCAAACAGAAACAAUAGAUAAGGUUGUUUUUACAUCCUCGGCAACUGCGGUUGUCUGGAGAGAGGAUCGUAAAACCAUUGAACCUGAUUUGGAUGAAAUUCAUUGGAGUGAUGUCAAUUUCUGUCGCAAAUUUAAGUUAUGGCAUGGGAUGUCAAAGACACUAUCCGAGAAAACAGCGUUUGCAUUAGCAAUGGACAGAGGAGUGAACAUGGUGUCUAUCAAUGCUGGAUUAUUGAUGACUCAUGAUCUUUCCAUUAAACAUCCUUAUUUAAGAGGAGCUGCUGAAAUGUACGAGGAUGGUGUCUUUGUGACCGUUGAUUUAGGAUUCUUGGUCGAUACUCACAUCUGUGUCUACGAGGAUGUCUCAUCCUACGGUCGUUAUUUAUGCUUCAAUCAUAUUAUUAACACUCAAGACGACGCCGUUCAGCUCGCGCACAAGUUAGCGCCUACUGCAUCUUCUUCCUUACCCCAAAGUGGUGACCAUGGAAAGAGUUUCAUUGAACAGAAAAUAAGCAACAAGAAGUUGAACAAAUUAAUGGUGGACUUUGAAGCUUAAAUUUCAAGGGUUAUUUAUUAAUCUUUUUGAACAGUUAUUAGGGAAAUAAUCUUAGUUGUUCUUAUGAGGGAAAUCAUUCAUAUGUACAAUUACAAAAUUGUGUAUGUAUGUACCCACAUGUUAUAUACAACAAAUUCAUGUUCUUUUAAUCAA